AAGAAGGAGAGAAAAACUAUUUUUUUUUCAAUCCACCAACAAAAAAAGAAAAAAACUUUUAAUUUAUGAAUUUUGAGUGGUAAAUUCAAUAAAUUUUCACACAAUUUUAUCGCAAAAAUGUAGAUAAGUCGCGUUCGAGUGCUGAGCGUCGUCGCACAUCGCGCUAUAAUUAAUUAAAACCCGUAAAAAUUUGCAAAUAAAGAAGAAAAAAUUUUUUAAAAAAAGGAAUAAAAAAAAAGAUUGAGGAGAGGGACGUAGACGGGAGAAGUGAAGAAAAAAAAAAUAACAAAAAAAGGGAUUUUUUUGCUGAAAUAAUGCACAAGUUGAGUUAAGAUUGAACAUUCCAUGCACAACUGCAAGAUCCCGAAAAAAUAGUUAAAAAAUAAUUAAAAAUGAAUGUGAAAAAAUAAAAACAAAAAUUUUUAGUGCCAAAUUAAAUAAAAUAAAAAAUUAAUAAAAACUUCCAUCGAGAGAAGCGAGACAAAUCAAAUUUUGCUACCGGAACUGACGGAAUUUUCGGGAAAGAAGAACUCCAAGAAGUGAGAAUUAAGUGAAGUAAGAAUAGGCGAGGAAAAUAUAAUUAAGAAAUUAAUUUAGAGGCAGAAGAUUUUGUUGAGAAAUUCGUUAAGAAUCUGCUGACAUGGAUGUCUCAACACUGCCCGAUGACGUGCGAGAAAAACUCGCUGAACUGGAACUGGAAUUGUCGGAAGGUGACAUAACACAAAAAGGAUAUGAAAAGAAGCGGCAGCGACUACUCGCGCCAUACCUGAGUGCCACAGCUGUUACUGGUAGCAUAACCAACAACAAUGGCAACGCAUCAAGUCAAGGUCAAGACUCCCACAACUACGUAAAUUCAUAUGUGAAUGCAAAUAAUAGUGGCAAUUCGCAAUGCUCGCACGCACCAGCAUCGUCUUCAUCAGGAUCGCGUCGGAGUGGUGAGCAGCAACAUAAUUACGUCAAUCAACCGCCAAUUGUUGCACAACAUCAUCAUCAUCAUCAUCAUCAUUCGAAGGAUAGUAGUGGACAUGGAAAGCAUCGUCGGAGUGGACAGAAGAGAGUUACGCACAAUGAGAAACGUUAUCAUUCAGAAGUUAGACAAGAAGCUGUUCAGCAAGCUUUGGCUGCACUCAAAAAUCGUCCAAAGCCAAGUCUACCUAUGCCGUCAAAGCGCUCAUCGGUUUUUAAUCGAAGUCCUGAGCGCGGUGACGAACAUGAUUCAGACUCAACAUCUGAAGAGUCAACACCUGAAAAUAUUUCGACACCAGAUCACGAUGUUGGCUAUAAUCUUCCAAAAGAUCACGUUGUGUCUACCAGAGAGCAACUUAAGCUUCCAUCAUCGUCACGAGAUCAUCGAAGAUCACACGCUGGUGCUCAACCGAUUAGUGAUACUAGUUCAACUGGAUCACCGCCUGCACAUGCUAGAACCAUUGCCCCACCACCUGGUUAUGAUUAUGCUACUGAACUUAGUGAUUUGAGUAUUACAAGUGUUGGAAGAAAUCAACCAGAUAUAACACAAUUCAACAGUUCCCGCCAUGGAGCUGAUCGAGUAACACGUUAUGUCAAUCUGUCCUCAUCAGAACCUGGUGACACAUCAACAGCUGGUCGAUGGAAAGUCUCAGCUAAAAUCCAACAGCUUCUUAAUACCCUUAAACGUCCAAAGCGUCGUCCACUUCCAGAAUUUUAUGAAGACAAUGAUAUUGAACUAGAAAUAGCAGCUAAUACAAAAGAUCCAAAUGCUCCACGUCCUGAAGGUGCUACAAUGACACCAGUACAAGGUGAACAGCUUGUAAUCACAUCUGGAUUGCCAAGAACUCUAGAAGCUGCAUUACAAAGAUAUGGAACUUCCAGUUUUAAAGCUCCAAUGGCAACUGUCUUAGAUCCAAAUGGUAAAAUGACAACGACAUUGACUUAUGGAAAGUUGCUCUCUCGAGCACAAAAAAUUGCCCACGCAUUGUCAACUAAAUUGUUCAGUAAAGGACCAGAACAGAUUAAAUUAAAACCAGGAGAUCGAGUUGCUUUAGUCUAUCCAAAUGCUGAUCCAUUAAACUUUAUAACUGCUUGGUAUGGCUGCAUGUUUUGCGGUGUAGUACCAAUUCCGAUUGAACUGCCAUUAAGCACUAGUGAUACCCCACCACAACAAGUCGGCUUCCUUCUUUCAUCAUGUGGUGUCCAAAUUGCACUCACAUCUGAAGCAUGUCUCAAAGGUCUACCAAAAUCAACAACCGGUGAAGUUGCAAAACUCAAAGGAUGGCCACGUCUUCAUUGGUUCGUAACUGAACACCUUCCAAAGGUACCAAAAGACUAUAAUCCACAAUCAAAUCGAUUGACUGAAGAUGCAACAGCCUACAUUGAGUAUACAACUGAUAAGGAGGGGUCUGUGAUGGGAGUUAUUGUUACUAGACAGUCAAUGAUUCAACAUUGUCGUGCAUUAACGAUGGCUUGUCAUUAUACUGAAGGGGAGACGAUUGUUUGUGUGCUGGAUUUCAAGAGAGAAGUUGGACUCUGGCAUGCAGUCCUCACAAGCGUCCUCAACGGUAUGCAUGUCUUAUUCAUUCCAUAUGCACUCAUGAAACAACGUCCAUCAUCAUGGAUGCAGCUAAUUACAAAAUACCGAACAUCAUGCUGUCUUGUCAAGUCACGGGAUCUCCAUUGGGGACUUUUAGCUACGAAAGAUCAUAAAGACAUUAAUUUAUCAUCGCUGAGGAUGUUGCUUGUUGCUGAUGGAGCUAAUCCAUGGUCAUUGUCAUCAUGUGAUCAAUUCCUUAAUGUUUUCUCAUCGAAAGGAUUGAGAAGUGAUGCAAUUUGUCCUUGUGCAUCGGAUAGUGAGAUAUUUACAGUUGCACUUCGUCGUCCUGGUAGAGGAAAUAUGUCAUAUAAUCAAGGAACAGCAACAACUGGUCGUGGUGUGUUAUCUAUGGCUGCAUUGUCUCAUGGAGUCGUUCGUGUUGAUUCUGAGGAUUCAUUGACAUCACUUACACUUCAAGACUGUGGUCAAGUAAUGCCAGGAGCAAGUAUGAUAGUCGUUAAGCCAGAAGGACCUCCAAUUCUCUGUAAGACAGAUGAAGUUGGUGAAAUUUGUGUAACAUCAGGAUCAACAGGUACCGGAUACUAUGGACUUGAUGGUCUAUCUAAUUCAACAUUUAAAGUACUGCCAUUAAUCGAUACAACCCCACCAAUCCCAGCUGGUCAAACGGCAACAAUGGGAUCACAUAAUAGUUCCAAAGAUUUGGACUUGACUUAUAAACCUAUUGGAGAUGAUCCUUAUGUGAGAAGUGGAUUGCUUGGGUUCUUGGGGCCAGGUGGAUUAGUGUUUGUGUGUGGAUCUAGAGAUGGUUUGAUGACUGUUAGUGGAAGGAAGCAUAAUGCUGAUGAUAUAAUUGCGACUGUCCUGGCUGUUGAACCGAUGAGAUUUAUCUACCGAGGUCGCAUUGCUGUAUUCUCAGUCAAAGUCCUUCGUGAUGAGCGUGUUUGCGUCAUAGCUGAGCAGCGUCCAGACUGUAGUGAAGAAGAAUCAUUCCAAUGGAUGUCACGAGUCCUUCAAGCUGUCGAUUCAAUACAUCAAGUUGGAAUCUAUUGCUUAGCUCUCGUGCCACCAAAUCAUUUACCGAAAACUCCACUUGGUGGAAUUCAUUUGUGUGAAGCACGACGGAGAUUCCUUGAAGGUUCAUUACAUCCAGCUAAUGUCCUUAUGUGUCCUCAUACAUGUGUGACAAACUUGCCAAAACCAAGGGACAUUCAUCAGGGCUCAAUGUCGCAACUUUGUGGCACUUCAACUGCUUCAUCAUCUCUCGCAACAGAUGCUUCCGUUGGACCAGCUUCUGUAAUUGUUGGGAAUUUAGUGCAGGGUAAUCGGUUGGCAGCUGCACAAGGUCGGGAUCUUGGAUUUACUGAUGACAAUAAGCAUCAACUAAUCACUGGAGUUCUGAGAUGGAGAGCCAAUUCAUCACCUGAUCAUGUCCUUUACACUCUUCUUAAUGCAAAAGGAACUGUCGCGAAGACUCUAACGUGUUCUGAACUACAUAAGCGUGCUGAGAAGGUAGCUGCACUCUUACAAGAGCGUGGAAAGCUUAAUUCUGGCGAUCAUGUUGCUCUAAUCUUCCCACCCGGCUUGGAUCUCAUCGCAGCAUUUUAUGGCUGUCUGUACAUUGGAGCUGUUCCAGUAGUCAUUCGUCCACCACAUGCUCAAAAUCUAAUCACAACACUUCCAACUGUCAAGAUGAUAGUCGAAGUCUCUAAAUCUCUCAUGAUUCUAUCCAUACAAAGCGUCAUUAAGUUAAUAAAAUCUAGAGAAGCUGCAUCAUCAGUGGAUGCAAAGACAUGGCCACCAAUAUUAGAUAUCGAAGACAAUCCAAAGCGAAAAUUAGCUGCUGUAGCAAAUGCAACACUUGAGUCAACUGCAUAUUUAGAUUUUUCAGUAUCGACUUGUGGUCGAUUGAGUGGUGUUAUAGUCUCGCAUAAGUCAUUGUCAUCAUUAUGUGCAUCAUUAAAGUUAGCAUGUGAGCUUUAUCCAUCAAGACAUGUUGCUCUUUGCUUAGAUCCAUACUGUGGAUUAGGAUUCAGUAUGUGGACAUUGUUAAGUGUCUAUAGUGGCCAUCAUUCGAUAUUGAUUGCUCCUUAUGAGGUCGAAGCAAAUCCAUCACUUUGGCUCUCAACUCUCUCGCAAUACCGUGUUCGUGAUACAUUCUGUUCAUAUGGAAUAAUUGAGCUUUGUACGAAAGCUUUAAGCAAUUCAAUUCAAACACUGAAGCAGAGAAAUGUUAAUCUUGGGUGUGUGAGGACAUGUGUAGUUGUGGCUGAAGAAAGACCGCGAGUUCAAUUGACACAGCAAUUUUGUAAGCUCUUCCAAGCUCUCGGACUUAAUAAUCGAUGUGUUUCGACGAGUUUUGGAUGUCGUGUUAAUCCAGCUAUUUGUGUUCAGGGAGCGAGUUCUGCGGAAAGCUCGAAUGUAUAUGUGGAUCUCCGCGCAUUGCGCAAUAAUCGUGUAGCUUUAGUUGAACGUGGUGCACCCAAUUCAUUGUGCCUAGUCGAGUCUGGUAAAUUAUUGCCUGGCGUUAAAUUAAUCAUUGCUAAUGCUGAAUCCAAGGGUCAAUGUGGAGAGUCACAUUUGGGUGAAAUCUGGGUUCAAUCACCUCACAGUUCCAGUGGAUACUUCACAAUCUAUGGUGACGAGGCUGACUACAAUGACCAUUUCAAUGCAAAAUUAGUCACAGGAUGCUCGACAACAGAAACAUGGGCUCGAACCGGCUACUUAGGAUUCCUCCGUCGCAUUGAAUGCUCACAAUCGUAUUCAUUACUCGAAGAGACACAUCCAGCUCUCGCAGCACGUGACAUAGAUCCUGGAUAUGAUCAAAUGUACACGGCAACAGGUGGUGCAGCACAAACAACACCAGCAUCACUUAGUACGGGUAUAGGAAGUACAAUCACAUCAUCUUCAUCAUUAAACAAUUGCUCAACGACUGACCAAACCGAGCAACAUGUUGCUGUCUUUGUUGUUGGUGCUUUAGAUGAAGUCAUUGCAUUGCGUGGCAUGAUGUAUCAUCCAAUUGAUAUUGAGAAUUCCGUACUAAGAUGUCAUAAGAAGAUUGCUGAAUGUGCGACAUUUACAUGGACAAAUCUACUUGUUGUUGUUGCUGAGUUAGAUGGUAAUGAGUCAGAAGCAUUGGAUUUGGUGCCGUUGAUUACGAGUACGGUACUUGAGGAGCAUCAGUUGAUUGUUGGUGUUGUUGUGAUUGUUGAUCCUGGUGUCGUUCCAAUCAACAGCCGAGGUGAAAAGCAACGAAUGCAUCUCCGUGAUGGCUUCUUAGCCGAUCAACUAGAUCCAAUUUAUGUUGCAUACAAUAUGUAAACAAAUCUCUCUAAACAAUAUUUUAUGCUCUUUUUAUACUCUAUACUAUCUCCUAUUUCUUUACAACUCGAAACAAAAAAAAAAUGGAAGUUUAAAUCUAGUUAUUAUUAUUAAUUUCUAAUUUAUUAUGACAAAAAAAAUAUACAGUUAAUCCUGUAGUAUAGACCGUAUUGAUAAAUAAAAACAAUUGAAUUAAAAAAUUUUUUGUGGAAUGAGAAACAAAAAAUAGUUGAAAAAGUUGAGUGAAAUUGGAGAAAAAAAAGUGAAUGAAUUUUGUUGAAAAAUUAAAAAUUUCGGAUAAUUAAUGGAAAAAAUAUUUGAACCAAAAAAAACAUUUUAAAAUUAUUGAAAAUUUUUAUAAAAAUCACUGGCAGCCGCAAAGCAAAGAAAUCGGUACACAACAUAAGCUCUUCUUCCUGUCUUUUUUUCUGACGUAAUGAAAAAUGAAAUGCAAAUAAGAAAAUUUUUAUACUGCCCGAUUAAAUAUAAAAUUGGAUUAAAUCAAUCCGUAUGGUUGAUUAGGCUCUAGUAAGCAUGAUGAAGGCUUGAGCCACGUCAAUAUAAAUCCGAAUCCUGAAUGUAAUAGGAAAGCAAAAAAUCACUGACUUAACAGCCUCAUCAUGUCCAUUAUAAACCUUAUAAUCAACCAUAUAAAAAAGUAAUAGAAAAUAGAAUAAAAUUACUAAUCAAGUAAAUAAUAAAACAAGUAAAUGAUGAACACAAUUUAGAAGCUUAAAAGUGAAUAUUACAAUUUAUAAACAAAAUGAAAGCAUAGAAAUAGAAUUAUUAAAGGUAAUAAUCAUGGAUAAUAGAUUAGAAUAGAAUACACAAUGCAAAAUGUAAGAUGCAGAGUUUCUGGACUGGAUUUUGGAUAUUUAAGUACAGUUCUAUAGUUUCACAGAGUUGAUUGCUUAGCUUAGUGAUUAGCUAAGAACUAGAGGGAAUGCUGAAGGGAAUAUGAAGGCAUUGAAGUCAUUUUUUAACAUCCUCUGACUCUGGCUUAGUUUAUUCACCUUUAGGUUGGAAGGACUCCUUCAUAAAGGCACAACAGUGAUAAAUUUGAGGUUAUGUCAUACCAGGAUCCACAUUUUGAUCCUUAUGAGUGAAGUAUAAUAUUAUAAGUUCUACAUCCAUGCUUCAACUUUAGAAUUGCUUUAAAAUCUCAUUAAAAAUUCAAAAAACUCCAGAAAUCAUGCAAAACGCAAAAAAUAAAGGUUUUUUUGAAGUAAUAACAAUUUUUAGUAAAAAUGACAAAAAACCAGAAAAUUCGUUCCUGAUGAAAAUUGAGAACUGCAAGAAAAAUUUGUGGAAAUUUGGAGAUUGUCGAAAUCAUGAGAGAGGAACUUUUGAGUAAGGUCACGUGUUGCAAUUUGAUUUAACUGAGUGUAACAUCAGUUGAGCUUUUUAUAUACCCGAGCAACACAAGAUAAAGAAUUCCAAACAAUCAAGUGCGAUUCAAGCCUCGGACACUCAUUUAGAAAAUCUCAAUAAAAUCUCUGAACCCCGUCUUGAUCUCCAAUUUUCACAAUUUUUAAAAAUAUGUAAAACGAAACCCCAAAAAAUUUAAAAACUUUGUAAUAACAUUUAACAAAAAAAAGAAAAAAAAUGCAAGCAUUACAAAAAUAUUUUCAAUAUAACAAGAAAAGAACAAAAUAAUCAGCAACGAUAUUCAAUUUUAAGUUUUUUCACUCAAAUAUUAUCAAAACAAGUAUUUUAUAAAAUGUAAUCGAUGCUGAGCAGCAUAGCCUCAACUUUGAUAAGUAUUGCUACUUAAGCUGUAGCUCAUGAUGUGCUUACUUCUAGUGAGGUUUUUUUGAUUUUUAGACUUUAUUGAAGCACCGAAUAGCAUAAUCAAUCACAAGAAGAUUGAAAGCUCCCAGGAAGUCUUGAAAAUCAUGUGCUGCUCGGCAAAACUGACUGUUUAAAAGAACUUAGUUGAAAACUAGCUGUAGCACUUUUUAAGAUCUAAUUUAACAGCCUAGCCCCCCUCCUCCUUAGUUAUUAUAGAUAUGAAUAUUGAAAAUCGUCUUAGAAAUGACAGAAUUAAUGUUUUGGCUUUUAAAUGGAACUGGAACAUAGGAUGCUGUUAGGGUUUACACUAAGCUAUACCUAAGACCAUGUGCCAACACAACUAAACACGGGAUUAUCUUACGGUACGAACUACCUUAAGUUAUGUCUUAGAAUGUGACCUUAGGUACAGCCUAGUGUGCACUUAAAGAAUAUUUAAGCUUUAAUUCGUUAAAAACAUCGAGUAUGGUACCUAAAACUAGAUCGAGAGGAUCCUAGAGCAGAGCUCGAAAUCGACUCGAGAUUUUCAUCUGUUUAAUAUGGCAGAGUUAACUCCGAGUCGACUUAAUUCCAUACAAAAUUUUAUCGACUUCGAGCUCUGCCCUAGAAUAGCCUAAUUCACCAAGCUAUCACAAAAAUGAGCCAAAAUAAAAUUCUGUCUUAAAAAAAGAUUAGUCAAAAAAAAUCAAAAUUUGUAAAUCAUUUCCAAAAAUUUACAAAAAGGUCAAAAAGAAAAUUGUCCUUUGAAGCCAUUCAGCUAAGGUCUCGAAAAAAAUUGAAUAUAAUCAGGAUAGAAUCUAUAAAAUUGAUUAAUUUGUCUUAGCAAAAAAAAAUAGUUUUCCAUAUUUUGCACUUAAACUGAAAAAAAUAUUUUGUUAAUAAUAAACUUAAGGUCCUUCUGUUUAGCAGCAAAAUGUCGAAAAUCUUGUUAGAAUUUAGCUGACUGUCAUAGGAAUUUGGUUUAGUAAUAGCAAUUGUUUCACUUCUGAACUUUUAACUACUUAGUCUCUUCCUUUUUAAUAAUGCACUCUUUUUACUAAUUUUUUUCUUCUAAUCAAUCCACAGCAGUAUUUUUUAAAUUAAUCACAUCUGACCUCAAAAAAAGUGAAAUUAUACUCGAAUUAUUUUUUUUUGUCUUCUACUUUACUAAUUUAGCUUAUUUUGUCAUUAAAUUAUUUAUAUAAAUUUUAUUCUAUCCCACAAUAAAAAUGGUAUCAAUGCACUAAUGUGAAAUAAUUCAAGGAACAACACACAAAAAUUGAUAGUCGACUUUUAAGUUUAAAAAUUUACUGGAAAAAAUUGUAAAGAAAAUUAUUUGAGAGUUUUUUGGAGAUUUUUUGAUUUUUAACAUCGUAUAAAUUAUUUUUUAAAACAAUAAUUUUUUUUAAAAAUUUCAAAUCUU